GGCCUGAGCUGUUGCUUGCGUGCCAAAAUUGAUAUGAAGAAUCUCAAUAAGGCACUUCGUGAUCCUGUUCUAUAUAGGUGCAAUAUAUUACCUCAUCAUCGUACUGGGAAUAAAUGGAAAAUUUACCCUACAUAUGAUUUUGCUUGUCCAAUUGUUGAUUCUAUCGAAGGUGUCACACAUGCAUUAAGAACUAAUGAAUAUCGUGAUCGUAAUGCCCAGUAUGAUUGGAUAAUUAAUGCCUUAGAAUUGAGGAAAGUGCUUAUUUGGGAUUUCAG